GGCCGGGCGCAGCCAGUCUCCCGCUGCCGCCGCCGCUGCCGGACGUGUAGAGCUAGGGGCUGCUUGACCGACGGCUGCCCAGCCGAGCGCACAGAGUCGCGGAACUGGGGCCAUCCCCGGCUGGGACCCGGGUUGCGUUGGUGCCCUUGGAGAGAGUCCGGAUCGCAGGCUGUCUGUUCCCAGACCCCAGAGCACCCCUGCACCACCAUGACUGGGCUAUUGAAGAGGAAGUUUGACCAGGUGGAUGAGGACGACUCCUCAUUCUGCUCCUUCUCCUCCUCCAGCUGCCACUCUCGCUCUUGCUCCCCAAGCUCUUCUGUCUCCCCUGCCUGGGACUCAGAUGAGGAUGGCCUCUGGGAUCAGACGCCCCUGCCUCGUGACUUCUCUGGCCCCCGAAGUUUCAUGCCCCCGUCCAUCCUGAAGCGGGCUCCCCGGCAGCGCCCAAGUCGUGUAGCUUUUGACGGCAUCACUGUCUUCUACUUCCCCCGGUGCCAGGGCUUCACCAGUGUGCCCAGCCGUGGUGGCUGUACUCUGGGCAUGGCCUCUCGCCACAGUGCCAGUCGCCACUUCUCCUUGGCUGAGUUUAGUCAGGAGCAAGCCCGGGUACGGCGCGAGAAGCUCCGCCAGCGCUUGAAGGAAGAGAAGCUGGAGAUGCUGCAGUGGAAGCUUUCAGCAGCUGGGGUACCCAAGACAGAGGCAGGCCAGCCUCUUGCAGUGGAUGCCAUUGAUGAUGCCGCUGUGGAAGAGGACUUGGCAGUGGCUGUGGCAGGUGGCCGGUUGGAGGAAGUUAACUUCCUACAGCCCCACCCAGCCCGGCGACGACGAGCUCUGCUGCGGGCUGCAGGUGUUCGAAGGAUUGAUCGGGAGGAGAAGCGAGAGCUGCAGGCAUUGCGCCAAUCCCGGGAAGAUUGUGGCUGUCACUGUGACAGGGUCUGUGACCCUGAGACCUGCAGCUGCAGCCUGGCAGGCAUCAAGUGCCAGAUGGACCAUACAGGAUUCCCAUGUGGCUGCUGCAGAGAGGGCUGUGAGAAUCCCAAGGGCCGUGUGGAAUUUAAUCAGGCACGAGUUCAGACCCAUUUCAUCCACACACUUACCCGCCUACAACUGGAGCAGGGGCCCAAGAGCCUUGGGGAGCUGGAGAGCCCCACCCAGGGCAGCCCACCCAGCCCUGCAGAGCAGGCUUUGGUUCCCACUUUCCCUCUGGCCAAACCUCCUGUGAGCAGUGAGCUGGGAGACAACAGCUGCAGCAGUGAUAUGACUGAUUCUUCUACAGCAUCUUCCUCAGCAUCUGGCGCUAGCGAGGUUCCGGACUGCCCCUCUCACCCAGGUCUGCCUAGCCCUGGCUUCCAGCCUGGUGUGGACGAUGACAGUCUGGCCCGGAUCCUGAGUUUCAGUGACUCUGACUUUGGUGGGGAGGAGGAGGAGAAGGAGGAAGCAGGUAUAGGGAACCUGGACAACUUCAGCUGCUUCCACCCAGCUGACAUCUUUGGUACUGGUGACCCUGGUGGUCUGGCCAGCUGGACCCACAGCUAUGCUGGCUCUAGCCUCGUGUCAGGCAUUCUGGAUGAAAAUGCCAACCUGGAUGCCAGCUGCUUUCUAAAUGGUGGCCUUGAAGGGUCAAAAGAAGGCAGCCUCCCUGGCACUUCAGUGCCACUCAAUGUGGAUGCCGGCCAGAGCAGCCCAGUGGACCUCAGCUUGUCUUCCUGUGACUCCUUUGAGUUGCUCCAGGCUCUGCCAGAUUAUAGUCUUGGGCCUCACUACACCUCCCAGAAGGUGACUGACAGCCUGGACAACCUCGAGUCACCUCACUUCCCUUUGCCUGGCCUCUCUUCACCUGGGGACAUUAGCACUUGCUUCCUGGAGACCCUCAUGGGCUUGUCCGAGCCAGCUGCUGAAGCCCUGGCUCCCUUUACUGACAGCCAGUUUGAGGAUACUGCCCCAGCAUCUCUGAUGGAGCCUAUGCUGGUGUGAGGACUAGAAUGCCUUUUUUCAAGACCCCUGUUGCUGCUUUUUUGUAAUUUUGGGGCUUCCCAAGGUCUGUAUGUAAUAGUCUCCUGUUGGCUGGCUCACCCAUGGGCGCCAUGUGCACACUCCUGGUUUUCAUGCAACACUCUUGAUUUAUUUAUUUAUUUUGUUUUUAACUGUUCUGUGUUAAAGAAAGGAUAGGUGGGGGGCUCCCCCUUUCAGCUGCCCAGCCUCCCCCGCCCUUCAAUGAUCUUCCACUCCACAACUCAUGCCAGGAAGAAGAGAAAAGUGUGGCUCCUUGGCAGACCACUUCUUGGUCAUUGCACGAUUGUUUCUUAGCCAAAGAUGGUGAGACAGGACUGAAAUCAGGUGGCUUCUCCUGAGCCUUAGACCCAUGGGUGGCUAAAUCCUCUGGACUGUGAAGACUAAUUUAUUUCCAUAAUUUAUUUGGAGACUGAGGUGGCUUUUGGCUCCUCUAUGGCUGUGGGUAGUAUCGGGGUGAGUGGGAUGGGCUCAGACCCUUGAGUCCCUUUUGCUUUGUAGAUCUACCCUUGCCCGGAUGGAGCUUUGGUGGAGACUAGGUCUGGAUUUGAGCCCUAUGAUCUACAGUGUCAACUACCUGGUUCCUGGAUGUCUGAGCAGGCUGGAGCUAAAGUGUGGGCAGAGGGAGAGGCUGGGCUAACCAGCUGUGACCAAAACUCCCUUCUGCCUCACUAGCCCCCUCUACUUCCUGCCUCUAUCCAUCUCCUCCCCAAGGGCUAUAGCCUUUAUUCCAGGCCCAUUUAUUUAGGGGGGGAAGGGGAAAAUCAGAGGUGCAGAGAGGAUGAAGGGCUUACCUUGGGGGCAUGAAGCAUGCCACAGACUACUUAUCUCAGGGCCUUCUGGGCACUGCACUCCAGCCUGGCCCACCUGCCCAAGCCCUGAGGCUAGUUGGUGAAGGGUGUCUCCUUAGGACUUAAUGUUUGCUGAUAAUGAAUUUUGCAUCAUAAUUUCUAUAUUGUCCCUAAGUGUGAGAACUAUAAUUUAUUCAUUUUUCCCUGUGUCUGUGCCAAGAAACCCAGGCUCUGGACCUGCUCCCUCGCCUAGGAGGCCUUGCCAGCCUGUGUGCUAUGGGAACACCUUGUACCUGAGCUUAUAGGUACCAAUAAAGAGGUUCUAUUUUUAA